GCCAUGCUGCUCCCCCUUCUCCCCGGAGUGGGCCCGCCCGGCUUCUUCGGGCGCGAACGGGCGGGCGGAACCAUACGCUUUAGGGGAAAGGGGAGCCCAUCGAGUUCGGAAGCUCCAUCGCGGAAGAAUGGACCAGCCCAUCUGCUCUUCGUAAAGUGGCGGAAAGAGGCGGUACCAUCUCCGUGGCUGGGGGAAGCAGCAGGAAUAAUGAAAGCAGAAUGUGAAAGUUUUCUACAAGUAUGUCUUGUACCUGAGACAUCAAGUUCACAUGAUCAUUGAUAAAACCGUCUGCAGAGAUAAAACUGUCCUGAUAGAAAAAUAAAUUUAUUAAGGAAGGAUGGCAGCUCGGCGCGCACUGAAAGCCGUGCUGGUGGAUCUCAGCGGCACGCUCCACGUUGAAGACUCGGCUGUGCCGGGCGCGCAGGAGGCUCUCAAAAGGCUGCGCAGCGCUCCGGUCACCAUUCGGUUUGUGACGAACACAACGAAGGAGUGCAAGAGGGACCUGCUGGAAAGGCUGAGGAAACUGGGGUUUGACAUCACAGAAAAUGAGAUCUUCACCUCUCUGACGGCAGCCAGAAAUCUGCUGGAGCAAAAGCAGGUGCGGCCUCUCCUCUUGGUGGACGAUAAAGCUCUGCCUGAUUUCACAGGGAUAGCCACUGAUGACCCCAACGCAGUGGUGGUAGGACUGGCUCCUGGGCACUUCCACUACGAGAUGAUGAACAAAGCAUUUCAAUUAAUUUUGGAUGGGGCUCCUCUUAUAGCUAUACAUAAAGCCAGAUAUUUCAAGAAAAAAGAUGGCUUGGCUCUGGGACCUGGACCUUUUGUCACUGGGCUGGAAUACGCGACGGACACCAAAGCAAUGGUGGUGGGGAAGCCGGAGAAAACCUUUUUCCUGGAAGCUUUGCGGGGGACUGGCUGUGCUCCAGAGGACGCCGUCAUGAUCGGUGAUGACUGCAGGGAUGAUGUUGGUGGCGCGCAGAACGCAGGCAUGCGUGGGAUCUUGGUCAGGACCGGUAAAUAUCGACCGGCAGAUGAAGGCAAAAUCAAUCCGGCUCCUUACUUAACCUGUGAGAACUUCCCAGAGGCAGUGGAACAUAUCCUAGAGCAUCUGCUUUGAGAAAGGGAAUAGUCAGUUUGAAGAAACAUCCAUUUUGCUUAAUUUCCAUUACCGUUGCUUCAAAAAUUAACAUCACAGUAGCAAUGCAUGUCUUACAUUGGAAACCUGGACGUGGGCUCCUUCCGCUCAAGCCGUGACAGGACAGAGGAGAAUUCCGUUUGUUUUCAAGAAAUAACUGAUGAAAAGCCCUGUCUGGAAAGUGUCAAUUUCUUCUGCUGAAUAAGCAAAACUGAAAAAAAUAUCACACUGGAAAUAAAUAAAUAAACCUCAAAGAGUAACAUAGUCAGCCUGUAGUGAUUUCACCAAGCAUGUGUCUGCUCUAAUUCAGAGAUUACGCACAUUUAGAAGUGACUUUUAAAUUAAAAUAUCACCUCUGUUUAAUAAUAACUACUGUUGAUGUCUUUCCUCUCAUUAGAACAGAUCCUGGGUUUUGUUUUUCAAAUUUCACAUAAAAUUAAAACUGUCAGCAUUAUACAGAUGUUUUAAUUAGAUGCUGUUAUUAAAAAGAAUGGUACAGAAACGAAAAUCUGGUAUUAAAUGCUUUAGAGACUGUGAAUUUUUGAAAUUAGACCUCAGCAGAGUCCUAUUAAUGCUACAGUUGCAAAAUUUCACUAUUGGUGGGUUGUUUUGUUUCUUUUUAAUGUUAAGGGAAAAAUCCUUGACAAGCCAUGGGGACAGAUUCCGUUUUUCACACAGUUGGUUAAUAGAGCUGUAAAAUGAAAUUUAAUUCUGUAGUACACCGUGCUUUUCCUGUGCGCUAAAUCCGCCCAAAAUAAACCAAGUUUGUAAUGAUGGUAAA